CCUCGGAGUCAUACAGUCACCAACUUUCCCCCCUCUCUCUGUCUCUCUCCGAUUUACUCCUCCGCCUGUUCCCCCGAUAUAAUCAGUCCCAGCGACCACGCAACCAAACCAACUGGCCGGGCAAACGACACACAGACCCGACGCCCAUAAUAUACAAUGUCGACCUCCGCACGCAUCACGUCGUGCCUCUACCGGCAGGCUGGUUCCGCCGGCAUCACCUCGGUACAGGCCACCCGCGGCCUGAGGACCCUUUCGACACCCACCAUCAACAACAUCUCCCCCGCUUCGCGAUCCACAAGGAGACCCAAUGUCGCCCGCCAGUCUUACAACCCUCUCCUAAGAACACGACAAGCCGCCGCCCUCUCGACGACAACCCAACGCCGUUUUGCCGAUGUCGCUGACGACGCCUUCGACCCCAACAGCAUCGAGCGCGAGAGCGAUGAGGUCGACGUGUGCAUUGUUGGUGGUGGUCCCGCCGGUCUCGCCGCUGCCAUUCGCCUGAAGCAGCUCGCCAACGAGGCCGGCAACGACGAGUUCCGCGUUCUGCUUCUCGAAAAGGCCGGCGAGAUCGGCGCCCACACCCUCUCCGGUGCCGUUAUCGAGCCCUCCGGCAUCAAGGAGCUGAUUCCCGACUGGCUCGACGAGGAGAACCCGAACCGCUUCACCGGCGCCACCCCCGCUGGCGGCGACACCAUGCGCUUCCUGACCGAGAAGCGUGCCUUCUGGGUUCCCACCCCGCCGCAGAUGCACAACAAGGGCAACUACAUCGUUUCCCUUUCCGAGUUUACAAAGUGGCUGGGUGAGCGCGCUGAGGAGGUCGGCGUCGAGGUCUAUCCCGGCUUCGCUGCCUCGGAAGUUCUCUACAAGUCCGAUGGCUCCGUCAAGGGCGUUGCUACCAACGAUCUUGGUCUCGGCCGCAAUGGCAAGCCCACGGACCGGUUCGAGCGCGGUAUGGAGUUCCACGCCCGCGUCACCCUCUUUGGCGAGGGCUGCCACGGCUCCCUCUCCAAGCAGGUCAUCAAAAAGUAUGACCUGCGCCGCGACAGCCAGCCGCAAACCUACGGUCUCGGCGUGAAGGAGGUUUGGGAGAUCCAACCCGAGAAGUUCAAGAAGGGUGAGAUCUUCCACUCCAUGGGCUACCCGCUGCCCGCCAACACUUACGGCGGCGCCUGGAUGUACCACUUUGGCGACAACCUCGUCUCCAUCGGUCUCGUUACCGCCCUCGACUACCCCAACCCCUGGCUCUCCCCUUACGGCGAGUUCCAGAAGAUGAAGCAGCACCCCUUCUACCGCCACUACCUCGAAGGCGGCAAGUGCAUCUCCUACGGUGCCCGCGCCCUAAUCGAGGGUGGUUUCCAGUCCAUCCCCAAGGUCGCCUUCCCCGGUGGCGCCCUUAUCGGCGACUCGGCCGGCUUCGUCAACGUGCCCAAGGUAAAGGGCACCCACAACGCCAUGAAGUCCGGCAUGCUCGCGGCCAACGCCGCCUGGGACGCCCUGCAGGACACCAAUGACUCCGGGUCCGUCUUCCUCUACUCGUACGAGGACUCGCUGCGCAACUCGUCCAUCUGGAAGGAACUCAAGGAAGUCCGCAACAUGCGCCCCUCUUUCCACUCGCCUCUGGGUCUCUACGGCGGCAUCAUGUACUCGGGCAUCGACGCCUUCCUCCUCAAGGGCCGCGUGCCCUGGACGUUCAAGCACAAGGUACGCGACCACGAGGCCACCAAGCCGGCCGAUGAGUGCGAGAAGAUCGAGUACCCCAAGCCCGACGGCAAGAUCACUUUCGACAUCUUGACUAGUGUGUCCAGGACCGGCACCAACCACGAGGAGGACCAGCCUGUGCAUCUCCAGGUUAAGGACUGGGAUCAGCACACCAAGGAGACGUAUCCCAAGUACAAGGGCGUCGAGAAUCGGUUCUGCCCUGCCGGUGUGUAUGAGUAUGUGGAGGACGCGACGAAGAAGGAGGGCGUGAGGUUUCAGAUUAAUGCGCAGAACUGCAUCCACUGCAAGACCUGCGACAUCAAGGCUCCCAACCAGGAUAUCAACUGGCAGGUACCCCAGGGUGGUGAGGGUCCCAAGUACUACAUGACAUGAGAAAGGAAGAAAUAUAUGAUUUUUCUUUUCGAGCAAGGGGUUCUUGGUUAUGUAUCAUAUUAUAUUCGUUUCUUGGGUUGGAGGUGCCUUGAUGCAAAAAACGCACUUUGGAUAGAAUAUUCCUGUUAGUGUACUCUGCAUAACAACUCGAACAAAAGUUUUGGGCAUAGGCAAUUGAUGAUGAGAUGAUGAUGAUAAUGAUAAUGAGGAAGCAUUUGAAGGGGGUCACAUCUGGAAAUUUAAUCGUCGUUUCUCC